ACCCUCAGCCUCAAGCCGCUCCUGUUCGAAAUUCCCGACUUCCUGACAGAGGAGGAGUGCAAGCUCAUCGUCCAUCUAGCAAAGCUGAAAGGGCUGCAGAAGAGUCAGAUCCUACCAACAGAUGACUAUGAGGAAGCCAUGGAAAUGAUUGAAAUCAGCCAGAUGGACAUUUUCAAUCUGCUGGACCACAAUCAGGAUGGGCAGCUGCAGCUCAAAGAGGUGUUGACCCACACCCGACUUGGGAAUGGCAGGUGGAUGACCCCUGAAAACAUCCGGGAGAUGUACACAGCAGUCAAGGCUGAUCCCGAUGGGAAUGGUGUGCUGAGUUUGGAGGAGUUCAAACAGUUGAAUAUCCGUGAUUUCCACAAGUACAUGGGAAGCCAGAAAGUGAAGAUGAGUGACUUGGUGCGCAACAGCCAGCACACUUGGCUGUACCAGGGCGAGGGGGCACACCAGGUCAUGAGAGCCAUACGGCAAAGGGUAAUGCGCCUCACUCGCUUGCCCCCCGAGAUUGUGGAGCACAGUGAGCCCCUGCAGGUGGUGCGGUACGACCAAGGAGGGCACUACCAUGCCCACAUGGACAGUGGCCCUGUCUUCCCUGAGACUGCCUGCAGCCACACGAAGCUUGUUGCCAAUGAAAGCGCUCCCUUUGAGACCUCCUGCCGGUAUGUGACUGUGCUGUUCUACCUGAACAAUGUGACUGGGGGAGGCGAAACAGUCUUUCCUAUUGCUGAUAACAGGACGUAUGAAGAGAUGUCUUUGAUCCAGAACGAUGUUGACCUGCGAGAUACUCGGAAAAACUGUGACAAGGGCAAUUUGCGAGUGAAACCUCAGCAAGGCACUGCUGUCUUCUGGUACAACUACCUGUCGGACGGAGAAGGCUGGGUCGGGGAGCUGGAUGACUUUGCCUUGCACGGGGGUUGCCUGGUCACCCAAGGCAUCAGCAGUUCCAGCAGGAGAUGGAGCGCUACGCGGGGGCUGAGACGGGGGCCGGGCCCGGAGCCCCGG